AUGCGUUGGGAAUUCAAAACUGCCAGUACACUUGAAAAUCGUCGCAAAGAAGGUUUACGUAUUCGUCGUGAAUAUUCUGAUCGUGUACCGACAAUUGUUGAACGAGCACCACACUCACAUAUUCCAGAAUUAACAUCAAAAAAAUUUUUAGUACCAAAUGAUUUAACAGUGGGGCAGUUUUAUUUUCUUAUUCGAAAACGUAUUCAGCUACCUCCUGAAAAUGCUCUGUUCUUUUUCGUUAAUAAUACCAUCCCGCAAACAUCAAUGACAAUGGGUGAUUUGUAUAAGCAACAUGCAGAUGAAGAUCAUUUUUUAAAAAUGACGUAUGAAAAAAAAACGUUGACAAAUUUAUCUGGUUGGUUAGUUGAAAAUGAUUUGUUUCUUUGUUGUGAAAAAGAUGAAAACAUUCAAAAGAAUGAUGACGAUAUAUUUAUGUCUGAUGGUGAACUAAAACAGUUUUGUUUAACUAAAAAAUGUAAUAUUCGUCGACAUCGUCAUAUACCCAUUAUCAAUUUUAAUGAUACAAAUUUAUUUCCAUACGUAAAAAAACUAAAUACUGCCAAAACAAUUACUGCUCAACUAUCAAAAUUUGAUCGUCAUCAUUCAAGUAAAUCAAAUGCCUUAUCUACUUAUGUCAAUACAAGUAAUUUAGAUGAUGAAAUAAAACAAGAAUUAAAUUCAAUGUUGGGAUGUAAGGAAUAUGCUCUAGAUGGUACACAAUUGGAUCCAGAUAGAAAACAAUUUAAAGCAGCUGUUGCUGAAAAAGCAAAUGCUGAACAACGAUUAGCCAAAUAUAAACGACAGUUAAAUAUCAAUAAAAUAACACAAAAAAGUAUUCGAUAUCACAAACAAUAUAUUCGAGAAUUUAAUCGUGAGAGAUAUUUUUCUAAGGGUGGUGUUAGUAAUAGCAGAAAUAAACGAAGAAGAGACUGA